AUGUUAAAAAUCUUAAUUCCGACUCUAAUAUUAAUAAUCACUUCAUCAUUAUCACCUAAAAAAUGACUAUGAAUUACAACAACCUCCUAUGCUUUUAUUAUUGCAACUAUUUCAUUAAUUUGAUUCAAAUGAGAUAAUGAGACAGGAUGAUCAUUUACUAACGGAUUUAUAGGAGUAGACCCUUUAUCAUCUCCAUUAAUAAUCUUAACAUGUUGACUUCUACCAUUAAUACUAUUAGCCAGCCAAAAUCAUUUAAAAACUGAACCUAUUAAUCGUCAACGAAUCUAUAUUAUUAUACUAAUUACUCUUCAAGUAUCCUUAAUUAUAGCAUUUAGUUCUAUAGAAAUAAUUAUAUUUUAUAUUAUAUUUGAAACCACUCUUAUUCCAACUCUAAUUUUAAUUACUCGUUGGGGAAACCAAAAAGAACGCCUGAAUGCAGGUAUCUAUUUCCUAUUUUACACCCUAGCUGGCUCUCUACCUCUAUUAAUUGCCCUUCUUACUAUACAAAAUUAUAUACAUUCUUUAUCACUAAUAAUUAUCCCCUUUUCCCCAAAUCAAAUAAACAACUGAGCCAAUAUUUUAUGAUGAACAGCAUGCCUUAUUGCUUUUUUAGUUAAAAUACCCUUAUACGGAGUACAUCUUUGAUUACCUAAAGCACAUGUAGAAGCCCCAAUCGCUGGAUCUAUAAUCCUAGCAGCUAUCCUACUAAAGCUUGGAGGUUAUGGUAUAAUACGAAUUAUUAUUACCCUUAAUCCCUUAACCAAAGAUUACUCAUACCCCUUUAUUAUCCUCGCCAUUUGAGGCGUCGUAAUAGCGGGUUCAAUUUGUCUCCGCCAAACAGACCUGAAAUCCCUAAUUGCCUAUUCCUCAGUAAGUCAUAUAGGUCUAGUUACUGCAGCCAUUCUUAUUCAAACUCCAUGAAGUUUUAUAGGAGCUAUAGUACUUAUAAUCUCCCAUGGACUUAUUUCAUCUGCCUUAUUCUGUUUAGCUAAUACUAACUAUGAACGAAUUCAUAGCCGAACUCUUCUAUUAGCACGAGGUACUCAAACAAUUUUACCUUUAAUAGCAUCCUGAUGAUUCUUAACCAACCUAGCUAAUCUAGCUCUACCACCUUCUACUAAUUUAUUAGGGGAGUUAAUAAUCAUUACAUCCUUAUUCUCUUGAUCUAUAUGAACAUUAAUCUUAACAGGAUUUGGUACAUUAAUCACAGUCUGCUAUUCACUUUACUUAUUUCUUAUAACACAACGAAGUAUUACUCCAUCUCAUUUAACUAUUAUUACCCCUUCUCAUACACGAGAACAUUUAAUAAUUAGUCUUCAUUUAAUUCCAGCUCUUUUAUUAAUUCUCUCUCCUAACCUAAUCUUAAGCUGAACAUA